CGGAGCAGAGCAAAAAAGCACUAUAAUUAAUUAAAAUUAAAUUCUAUCUCCUCAUCGUGUUCGAUCUCGACUCCAGCCCAGAGACGCCUGCUUCAUCGCCGGCGUCGCUGUUGCACUCUCUCUCUCUCUCUCUCUGGCCGAGCCUUGCCUUUUUCGAGUACGUUUUAAUUUUAAUUUUCUUAUUCGCUUUUAUCAUCUCCUCCGAUCCGAGAGAGAGAGAGUAAUCCUCGUGGAAUCGAUCCUCUUUUGCGGUUUUUUUUUUUGUCUCUCUGUGUGUCGUUCCUGGAUCGAUGUAUUUGACCUGAAUCCAAGAUUUGGGCUCUCGUGUGGCAAAAAAAAAAAAAAAACAAAAUUGAGGAAUUGGCAAGAAGGAUUCAAAAGAGAAUGGAGUUUAACAAGCAGCAACAACAACAAGAACAACAACAACAAGUUACAGUUUCUUCUUCUUCUUCUAUGGGGGAGAAAACGGAUCCUUCCUGCAUUUUUCAAUUGAAUAUAUCUCCUCCUCCGCCAUUGCCACAGGCUGGGGAUUUACUCAAGAGUCAUAGACAUACUACUACUUCCCCUCCUCCUCUUAUUAAAGUAGUGGAGCAAGGGAGUGAAGAUGAUGAUGCCCUCCUCACUCACCCUGAUUUUGAUACCCCUGAGGAUGGGGGCAAUGGACAUUCCGAUCCAGCAAGCUUGGACGCUGAUUUAACUGAGUACAAAAAAAAGGCCACUAUUAUUGUCGAGGAAUACUUUGGCACCAAUGAUGUUGUCUCCGUUGCUAAUGAACUCAAGGAGCUUGGCAUGCCUGAGUACCGUUACUAUUUUGUCAAGAAAUUAGUCUCCAUGGCUAUGGAUAGACAUGACAAGGAGAAAGAAAUGGCUGCUUUUCUCCUCUCUACCCUUUAUGCUCAUGUCAUUGAUCCCCCUGAGGUUCACCGAGGUUUCAACAAACUCCUCGCUUCCGCUGAUGAUUUCUCCGUUGAUAUCCCCGAUGCUGUUGAUGUUCUUGCUGUCUUCGUCGCUCGUGCCAUUGUUGACGACAUUCUUCCUCCUGCUUUUCUCAAGAAACAAAUGAAGUUGUUGCCAGAUUCCUCCAAAGGUGUCGAGGUUCUCAGAAAGGCUGAGAAAAGCUACCUAGCCACUCCGCUUCAUGCUGAAGUUGUUGAGAAGAGAUGGGGAGGUACUGAUAACUGGACUGCUGACGAUGUGAAAGCAAGGAUCAACGACUUGUUGAAAGAGUUUGUGAUGAGUGGAGACAAAACCGAAGCUUUUAGAUGCAUCAAAGGAUUGAAAGUUCCCUUCUUUCAUCAUGAGAUUGUCAAACGAGCACUGAUUAUGGCCAUGGAAAAGCGAAAAGCACAAGCCAGUCUGCUAGAUCUCUUAAAAGAUACAAUUGAGGUGGGUCUCAUUAAUUCCACCCAGGUGACUAAAGGGUUUAGCAGAAUCAUCGAUUCAAUUGAAGAUUUGUCUCUUGACAUACCAGAUGCACGCCGUGUAUUACAGUCUUUCAUCUCUCAAGCGGCUUCUGAAGGAUGGCUAUGUGCUUCUUCUCUGAAAUCACUCUCCGCUGAUUCAGGAGAAAAGUUGCUUGAAAACUCCAGCGCCAAUGUUUUCAAAAACAAGACUAAGUCCAUCAUCCGAGAGUAUUUCCUUUCAGGUGACACUUCAGAGGUUGUGCAUUGCCUAGAAACCGAAUUGGAUGCAUCUUCGAGUCAGCUGCGCGCAAUCUUUGUCAAAUAUCUGAUAACUCUAGCAAUGGACAGGAAGAAAAGAGAGAAAGAGAUGGCUUGUGUGCUUGUCUCUACUCUUGGUUUCCCUCCCAAAGAUGUCAGAAAGGCCUUCUCGAUGCUCAUAGAAUCUGCAGACGACACUGCUUUAGACAACCCAGUGGUUGUUGAAGACCUUGCCAUGUUCUUAGCAAGAGCUGUGGUUGACGAGGUGCUAGCUCCACGGGAUCUGGAAGAAGUGUUAAACCAGACCCCCGAGGCAGGCUCAAGCGUGGGCGAAAAAGUGAUCCAAAUGGCGAAAACAUUGCUGAAAGCACGUCUUUCAGGUGAACGGAUCUUACGUUGCUGGGGAGGAGGAGGAAUCGAGACAAAUUCGCCGGGAUCGACCGUGCAGGAAGUGAAAGAGAAGAUACAGAUUCUUCUAGAAGAGUAUGUCUCAGGUGGAGACCUCAGAGAAGCAUGUAGGUGCGUCAAGGAACUGGGAAUGCCGUUUUUUCACCACGAAGUUGUGAAGAAGUCAGUGGUGAGGAUCAUAGAAGAGAAAGAGAAGGAGGAGCGGUUAUGGAAGCUACUAAAAGUGUGUUUUGAUUCGGGACUGGUGACGAUAUAUCAGAUGACCAAAGGAUUUAAAAGAGUUGAUGAAUCACUUGAAGAUCUGUCUUUGGAUGUCCCUGAUGCUGCGAAAAUGUUUUCAAGCUGCGUGGAAAGAGCCAAACUUGAAGGGUUCUUGGACGAAUCAUUCGCUUCUGAAUCUGAGGAAUCAUCACAAAGUAAGAAACAGAACGGCUCGUCUUCGUCUGGAUGAUUAUUAACAAUUAGAACACCAACCUCAAAACCUCCUUUUUUAGAGACGUUGGUUUCACGCAAAAAUUACCUUUGAAACUCCUUUUAUUUUAUUUUUUUUAUAAGCAAACUCAAAGUUUUGGAUACUUUUGAUGACGUUUCUCUUACAGAAAACAAAUUAUAUUUUUGUCUUAGUGACGUUUUGUUAUAGCACAUUACUUUA